ACGUCGUGUUUCCGUGUCUGCACGGUUUCCGGUGGUGAAGGAGACGAGCGGAGUGUUUUUAGUUUUUCUGCAGCGGUUUGUGAGUUUAUGGCGAUGAUUAUCACCAAAAACAGGAUUAAAUUCUGCUCCUUGGCCUUCACGGCUGCUCGCAUGUACGCGAACGGAGCCCAAGCCAACGGUAACCCGGUGGUUUACUUUGACAUCGCGGCGGACAACCAGCCGCUCGGCAGAGUCACCUUCGAGCUGAACGCUGACGUUGUUCCCAAAACUGCAGAGAAUUUCAGGGCUCUGUGUACAGGAGAACAUGGCUUCGGUUAUAAAGGCUCCAUCUUCCACCGAGUCAUCCCACAGUUCAUGUGUCAGGGUGGAGACUUCACCCACCAUAACGGCACCGGGGGGAAGUCCAUCUACGGCCCCAGAUUUCCAGAUGAGAACUUCAGGCUGAAGCACACUGGACCAGGUAUUCUCUCCAUGGCCAACGCUGGACCGAACACCAACGGCUCUCAGUUCUUCAUCUGUACAGUUAAAACAGAGUGGUUGGAUGGGAGGCACGUGGUGUUUGGCAGUGUGAAGGAUGGGAUGGAGGUGGUGAAACAGGUCGAGGCUCUAGGCUCUCGCUCCGGGAAAACCUCCAAGAGGAUCACCGUCACCGACUGUGGAGAACUCAAAUAGAACGUGCUCUGAAAUCUCGUCAUACUGACCGCUUAUCUAAAACACACACAGCAGGACCAGGUACCCAAUCAGAUUAAAGAAAAAUUAAAAAUCUAUAAAUUGUUUCUAAAGGGGGCAUUGAGUGGCUAACGAUAAUAACAAUACUGAUAAUCAUAUAAUAUUAUAGUGAUAAUGAUAACGAUGGUCAGGUGGGUUAUUUCUGUCUAAUGAAGGUGCUCUGUGGACACCUAGUAAUCAGAUAUAUAUAUUUUUAUCAUAUCUGUGAAUUAAAGUCAAAUUAGCUUUAGCUUUAGCUAACGUGAUUCACUGUGUGUGUUUCAGAACAGCUGUCAGUGUCUGAUUAAUGACAGAUUAACAUGGAUAAGAGAAAAGAAAACAUGAAUUUAUAAAAAUAGGGUUGAUUUACUGUCUAAAUCAGUGUUUGCAGUGCUGUAGUCCACCUGGUCUGUGUUGUCCUGCUCUUAUAUUCCAGCUGUAUACGGAACGCUGGUCCUGUUUAUCCUAAUUCGGAAAGAUUUCGGCAGGUUAAUAUGCAAAAUAUCAACCUCCUGCUGUUGCUGUUGCAACAUGCAUCAAAUCAAGUUGCUGCCUUUUGGGCUACUUUGAAACUAAACCAAAAAGCAGACACUUUUUUGUAGUAACUUGCAGGAGCACUCAACAUCUGCCAUGUUUACAGAAUUUCCCAGCUGUGAGUAGCUCCUCCCUUUUUGCACAUUGCAUUGUGGGACAUACUAACAGACCAGCAGAUAUUAAGUAUAUCAGACUGUUGUGCAGGAAAACACACACCUGUGCAGUUCAGGUGGGCCACAGCACUGGAGCUGGAAACGCUGGACUAAAUGUAGCCUUUACAUUCUGGAGCUGAAUCUGGAUUAGGCGAAUCUGGAUUAACCUCAGUGCUAAUGUGAACGGUACAGUCAGUUUGGGAGAACGAGCAGGAACGUUAGCACUUAUAAAGGACUUCGUCCGGUCAGGGUCAGUGGAUAUAAAUGGAUCGAUAGACUACUAACUGUUUAUGAAAUCCAUAAACUUGAAACAAUGUGAAUAUUAGAAAAUUUCAAUCUGAAUUAGAGCCAAUGUGAAUGUUUGUACUGAAACAGUGUCCACUGUGUGUGUGUGUGUGUGUGUGUGGUGUGUGUGUGUGUGUGUGUGUGUGUGUGUGAGGAGUGGAUUUUGGUGUUAAAUGCUGCGUUUGAUCUGGACUGACUCCUGUUUCUGCUGGACUGUAACCUCAGGAAUAAAAAAACAUUGCCAUGAAAUAUACUGA